CAUGCACACCAUGCGUGGGGUAGACGUUUUCAACGUCGCACAGAACUCGUGGCUUGGACCCAGCCUCACCGUGCAGGUUGUACUUUAGCACGAACUUCUCCGUUCUGUUGCUGCUUCCAUGGGUUUCUGUAACAUUUGGCUUGUUUUCGCCUUGACGGUAUUCUCGCCUGCGCUGGCUUACAUUCCCGCUCAACCGGUCAACGGCACGAACCCAAGUGAAGGAACGGAAACCAACCGGCUCACAUUGCAAUGGUACUCCAACGGAUCUGACACAGAAUUUGUGUACUAUCUUCUUGCCGGGGCAAAUUCGGACGGCUUAUCACAGGGACCUUUGUUGCAUUUUUCGGAGGAUAUUGCUGGCUACGGUACCAUCACAACCACUCCCUGGAUUGCUUUUGUCUCGUGUGACACGAACUCUACCAACGCCACCCAAGAGCUGGACAUCUUCACACUGGCGCAGGAACGCGGGGCUCAGGCUGCUUUGCUUUAUUCACUUUAUUCAGAUUCAUGUGCUCUCAAUCCUGCAUACACAGAUCCCGAUAACUUCGACCGUGUUUUUGACGUUUUUACAACGGAAUCCGCUCGGGUGUCAAAGUUCAUCGAGUAUGAAUAUAGCUUGUUCGGAGCAAACGGGACCUACUAUGGAACAUACAACGCAACCAUGUUGAAUGAAACCGCAUCUGCUGUGAACCGGAGCAUUGCAUUGGGAAGUCCGGUUGCUCCCGGAAUGAUAUUUGCAACACUCCAGUCUUUUAAUGCAACGGCUGCACCUAACAACGGUUCUUUGGAUGUGGGUAGUACUGCGUCUAGUUCAAGUAAUAGCGGGAGCGAUUCGCAAAAGACCGGGCUCGCAAUGAUUAUAUUAUACGCCAUCACAGGCUGCGUUUCGGCUUUGUUUUGCCUUGUAAUCAUUUCUGGGGCUAUUCGCGCUAUCCGCCAUCCUGACCGAUAUGGACCGCGCAUGCCCGAACAUGGUGGCGUCGGCGACCCAGGCCAAAGCCGAGCGAGAGGGCUGGGACGGGCGAUACUGGACACAUUCCCGGUGGUCAAGUUUGGAACGUCUAGCGAGCCCGUCACUCGAACGAAAGACCUCGAAGAGCCAGCACACGUAGAGAUGGCCGUGACACCUGUUUCUCCGCAACCCGAUUCGGUAGAGUUAAGGGAGGUGGUUGGGGCUCCCAGUGACUCGUCUGAAGGCAGGAAUCUAGGACCGGGUGGUAUUCCAGAUUCGGGCCCAAAUGAGGAAGCUUUACCCACUCCACGGCUGCGGUCUACAACAGAGACAGGGCAACAAUCUUCAAAUACAGGUGAUGUGAUGCCGGAGACCAUCGGCAGGGAGACGUGUCCGAUUUGUAUUAUGGGCUUUGAGGAAGGCGAUGACCUACGGGUUCUGCCCUGCGAAGGCAAACACAGGUUCCACCAGGCGUGCGUGGAUCCAUGGUUGCUGGAGCUAUCAGGUUCUUGCCCGCUGUGCCGACAAGACUUUCAUGCGUUGGAGGCGAUACUUACUGGGGAACCAAGUAGCGGCGAGCAGGAUGGUUUUCGACGUAGCAGUCAAGCGCUUUCACUUGGGAGUGCACAGAAUCGCUUUUCUCGUUACCUGCGAUAUGCACGCGGUCGACAGCAUAGAUCACCAACUAACCCAGGAGGGACUGCGGAGACGAGUGAAACGCCAACCACGCUGUUGUCGUAGCAUAUAUGAUCUUGCUCUAUAGUUUUUAUGUUGCACAUUUGUAUGAGCGUGUAUAGUAUGAGCUGGCAGGGUUAUCGAGUCCACCUGCACGCGGCGGCAUCCCGUUAUUCCUGCCACGUCCGCCAAUCGAAGGUUUACCAGCGACAGCGGGGCUUCCCUCCAGAUAUGCUUUGAGAUCGACAAGAU